AUGCGCAGCUGCCAUGUCCUCCUAUGUAUAGUGGCUGUGUCUGCUGAGUCGGAGUCUGAACUCUACUGCUGGCUCUUUGCAGUGCAGGGGUGUCGAUCUGAACCGGAGUGGUUGGUAGGAACACCUCGUGUAUUGGAGGAUGCGAGUCUGGGGAGCGGCUUUACAUCGAGGAGCCUGCCAGAUCGCUGUUGGCACUUCGCACGGGAAACCUGGAUCAAGUGUCAAAAUCCAGGGCUCGAAGCUGUGGACUUUGCUCUAGCUCCCAAUGUGAUUCUUGGUCGGAAAAUAAAGAUCGAUUGUUGCUUAGGCUCGUACCCGUCCAUGGGCACGCAGGGUUUGCUUCAGCAAUUGGAAGAGGAUUCUUUCAUGCGCGCGUUCUUUAGCUACCAGGUAUCCUUUUGGUGGGCCAACAAGGAAAUGACCCAAUUCUCGGAUACCGAUCUUAGCAGGCCAGUGUGCAAUGGAUUGUGGUCGCCUGUGAAGGAAAGGGCCAACAAGGUUGCUGCAACCAACGAGAGUCAGUUCUGCGGCUCCUGUUCCGAGCAGUUGCAGGACAUGUGGCAACGUGCCAGCAGCGACGUGGACUUCGUGGAGUUCCCCUUUAGUGCCGCGAAGGCACAAUUGGAGCUGGAAGGAUUGUUUUUUUUCUUUGACUUCCCUUUGGCCCUUCUGGCCUCUUCGGGCUGGCCCAUUGUCACCUUGAUGCGUCGUUUGGGCGAAGCCUUCCGCUUGAAUUUUGGCAAUGUGAUCCCCAAUGACUGCGACCUUUUGGAUGGAGAAAGGGCUGACGGCCUCUUUUCCAAGAUACAAGUCCUGCUUGCGGGCAACGAACUCGACUUGCCCCAAAUUCGAGAAAUUGCUGACAUUGCCAGCGCAUUCUUGGAUGAAGUUGACAGCACCUGUCCCUUUGCAGUAGGAACUGCACUGCUGUCUCUACUAAGAGCUGCCCAGAUGUCAAGUGUGGUUCAAAUCUCGGACUCUGACUUUUCCUUCCUGACCUUGGAUGCUUUGAAGACGUGGGAUGCCAUGAAUGGAGAGAGAGCGCACGGCCGAGAAGUGGAGAAACCCAAAGACUUUGCCAAGUUGGCCGAACGCCUCUGCGAAUUGGAGGGGAUGGAAGUGCUGUUUUUUGAGUGGCACAUCAUCGGGAUUCAAGUCGCUCGUGGCUUGCGCCAGCUACUGCCGAUUGGUCCGAAUAUCAAAGCAAGAGCAUGGAAUCAAGAUUGCACCAAUUGGUGUAGCGAUGUGGCAGUCUAUGGAAAAAACUGGUCGAAUCCGGCCAUUGUCGUCCAUGUGAAAUUUCCAUGCAAGUGUGCGAUGGAAGUGCUUGCUAAUCGGUCCAACAGCAAUCACAGCCUGCCUCCAGCUCUGCACGUUUAUGAUCACGUCGACUUGUUUUCUCUGGUUCCUGAAGGCAUGGCAGUCUUCCUGGCGCAGACCUCUUUGGCAGCACAGGACUAUGGUACACAUCCCUCUGUCGUUGCCUCUGGGAUGGAGGUCUUUUGGCAUCCCCUGCAUCACUCCAACAUGGAAAACUAUCGAAUUCCUUGGCGCGACCAGGUCCAGAUGAUUGGCACCCAUACCGUUCACAACGACACCGAGCUCUAUGGGGCCGUAGGACUCUUGGCCCAGAAUUUGGGCGUCCAAUUCCAACACAUCGAUCCGAUGGAGCGAUUUGCCAGUACUGCCGGGUUGGUGAUCACUCCACAGCAAACCCAGCAGGUUUACGAGCAGUUUGGGGAGAUGGACAUCACGGUGUUGCGACAUGCUGGUUGCAUGGAGCACUUGAACUGCAUCACGGUACGGCCACUCGAAAGUGGCUUUGCGAUCGGUACAAAACCGGACAGUAUUGAGGAGGCCUUGCACUGGGUCAGUGAACUUGUCACCAAUUCAACGCUUCGAUUUGACUUGCGUCAAAAGGGUUUGCAACUGGCAGAAUCCUACUCCCUCGACCGCCUGAGCCAGCGCCUUGCGUUGAUUCUCUCGCAGGUGAUUGAAGAAAUGAGAGCUCGCUUUGCAAGACUUGCAGCGUUGUCCCAUGUUGUCCCUAACAAACAGAAAGAAAGGGCAUGA